AUGACGACAUCACUUGACAAUCCAUCCGCAACUUCAAAUAUCUACAACAUGCCGGGAUCUCAGUUAGCGCCGCGCCAAGCAGAGAAAUCAUAUGAAGUUUUCACCAGCGUGUUCCACCUGGGAUCAAGCCCUGAACCGAUAUCGGCGUUGUAUAUACGUCUUAGCGGACACAAUCUCCGGCCUAAAAACCAACCAGUUGGCAACGAUGAAUGCUGGCGGUUUUGGGUCUCGAGCAUCCCGAACGAACAGAAUGAGGUAUCGACUAUCGCGGCACGAUCCCAAAUCACACCGUCCCAGAAUACAACGUCCAACGAUUCCGACCCAAGCACAGCAAACAACACAAACACAUCGAAGCAACUGAAUUCGCGACCUAGUAUAUCGGAAAAGAAAAGUACCCAGAUUAAUCUAGGUUAUGUGAGCUGUGGGCGCCUUGACGAGCUAAUGAAGAUCUGUUCCAACUUCCCGAUUUCUGCCGCCCCCAUGAAUGAAAGAGAUUGUUUUAUGGACUGGAUGGAACGCCUGAAAGCAGAUGACCGUUUCCAGGAUUGCGUUUACCAGUUUCCUAGCUCUAUUUCCGGGUAA